AUGGGCUCCGAGGGUCAAACGUACGUCGAGCCGGCGCAAUUGCUGACGUCAUGGCGCGUGUCCUGGUUCCUCUUCCUGCUCCAACUAGCCGUCCUCGUCUUCCUCAUUUUAGACGUCUUCGUUCUUAGAGUGGAAGCAGCAACGGGGCUGGUGUUUCGGUUCAUAGUGGGGCACGGAAGCGUGGAGGACGAGGAGAUGCUGCAGGCGGAGAACAGCACUCACGGGGACUUCUUUCGUGUUGACGUGCAAGAGUCGUACCUCAAUCUAAACCGCAAGAUUCUGCUGUUCUUCACGACGGCCUUCAAGCUCUAUGAAGCCAAGUACUACAUCAAAAUAGACGACGACAUUUUCCUCAUGCCAGAGCGCCUCUCUGCUCUGAUCGCCAAGCCAAGGGCGUCACCUCGAACGUACCUGGGAUGCUUCAAAAAGGGAAAUGUGAUCACUGACCCCAAGAAGAGGUGGUUUGAGCCCCAGGCGUGGCUGCUGGGGGCGGAGUAUCACCUGUAUGCAUCGGGUGCCAUCUACUUGCUCUCCUACGACGUCGUCCAGAUUCUCAACUCCAUCCCCAAGGGCAGGAUGAGAAUGCUCGUGAACGAGGAUGCGAGCAUGGGAGCGUGGAUGCUUGCCUUUGACGUGUCUCACGAGAAGACGCCGUCUCUCUGCCAGAAGAGGUGCUCGCGCUCUGCAGUGGCCAUCUGGGAUGCCCAGUGUUCCGGCAUCUGCCAUAUUGAAAGGCGCAUGAAGGAGUUACAUACAAACGGUGCCUGUACUGGGAAAGGACGAGUUUAG